GGCUGCCGGCAGCUCGCAAGCUGCCCGCUUAAUAAAGUGCCUUGCUCUGCACUACUGCAGGCUGCUUAAGGGCAGCGCUUUCAAAAGAGGUCAGCUCCCAUUUAGGCGUCGAAAUAAGUUGGUUGCCUAUUCAGGAGAGCUCAGCAUGUCAAGAACUGAAUGCUUUUGAAAAUCUGGCUUCAAUUGUGGAAGCUGAGAAUUUCGAAAUCUGGCCCCAGAUCCUAAUAGUCCUUUUGGAAUUGAUGUUUUCAUUCAUUUUCCUCAUUAUUUUUAUGCCGGCCAUUUACUUUUUGUACUUCACUCAGCUGUGAAAGAAAUGGCCACAUGUCCCUAUUUAGAGCUCAUGUUCUGCCUGGAGGUUUGGGGAGGUACCAUACACUUGUCGCAACACACCUUCUCUCCUCGGUCUCCGUUGAAUACCGUUUAAUCUGCCUGGUGCUUUGGCCAAAUUUUGUGAUCUCCCCUUUUUUUUCUCCCCACCUAUUGCCCUUCUUCUUUCUACAGGCUGGGGACAGCCAGUUCGGUCAUGGUGUCCAUGUGCAUGGGUGGUCCUUGCUCGUGAAGGGUCCAUUACGCCUUUGGCUUUCUCUCUCUGGCCAGAGGCUCCGAGCAGUGCAUUGCUGCUGGGAGGUCUGGUUGGGAACCUCUUUACCUUCCCCCACCCUCAGCAUGGACUCCAAGGAGCAACUCUUUCCUGUCCAACAUUUUUCCAUCCUGCUGCCAAGCUCGUCCAGAUACAGCAAGAAGCUGCUUCCACACCUCUACCACAUCCCCUGAGGCAGCUUAUGGGACCCUUCUCUGGGCGCCUCUGCCCCAGGAGACAUUGCAUGGGAUGGCAAUGACACGUGGAAAGAAGAGACCCAUGUCCGCCAUCCUUUGCCUCCUCCUCGCAGCCACGAGCUGCUUUGCCAAACUGAGUGAAUCUCUGCAAGUCACUGUGCAGCCUGCCUCCACCGUUCAGAAGCCUGGGGGCCCGGUCAGCCUGUGGUGUGUUGUGGACCCCCCAAGAGUGAACCUCACCUGGAGACUGAAUGGAAAGGAGCUGGAUGGAUCAGACGAGAUGCUGGGGAUCCACAUCGAGCAAGGGAAACUCAUUAUCACAGCUCUCAACAACCACACCGUGGGGCGAUACCAGUGCAUUGCUCGUGUGCCCGAAGGAGUCAUUGCCAGUGUCCCCGCAGUGGUCACCUUGGCUAAUCUCAAGGAUUUCAAGUUUGAUGGCCCUCACGUGAUUGAGGUGGAUGAAGGCAACACGGCUGUCAUCGCCUGUGACCUGCCCGAAAGCCAUCCCAAGGCCCAGGUCCGCUACAGCGUGAAGCAUGAGUGGCUGGAGGCCUCCCGAGACAAUUACCUUAUCAUGCCAUCCGGGAACCUUCAGAUUGUCAAUGCAAGCCAAGAAGAUGAGGGGACUUAUAAAUGUGCUGCCUACAAUCCUGUGACACAGGAGGUGAAAACCUCAGUCUCUAGUGAGAGGCUCCGCGUGAGACGCUCCACAGCGGAGGCCGCUCGGAUAAUCUAUCCGCCUGAAGCUCAGACCAUCAUUGUCACCAAAGGCCAAAGCCUCAUCCUGGAGUGUGUGGCCAGUGGGAUCCCCCCGCCCCGUGUCACCUGGGCCAAAGAUGGCUCCAGUGUCUCAGCGUACAAUAAGACACGGUUCCUGCUCAGCAACCUUCUGAUUGACCCUACCAGUGAGGAGGACUCAGGCACCUACAGCUGCACGGCUGACAACGGAGUUGGUGAGGCUGGAGCAGCAUUCAUCUUCUACAACGUGCAGGUGUUUGAGCCUCCAGAGGUCACCAUGGAGCUGUCCCAGCAGAUCAUUCCCUGGGGCCAGAGCGCCAAGUUCACCUGCGAGGUGCGAGGAAACCCCCAGCCCUCAGUCAUGUGGCUGCGCAAUGCUGUGCCCCUCUCUGCCAGCCACCGGCUCCGGCUGUCCCGCCGGGCGCUGCGAGUGGUCAGUGUGGGGCCUGAAGAUGAUGGCAUUUACCAGUGCAUGGCAGAGAAUGAGGUUGGAAGUGCGCAAGCCAUGGUGCAGCUGAGGACAGCCCAGCCAGGAGCUACCCUCGACCCUGGGCAAGAUGCUCAGCUGGAUUCAGCUCGGCCUCCAACACCGCCUUCCAGGGACAGUGCCUUAAAGCUGCCUCUGGAUAAAGGUAGUCCACCAAAGCCUGUGACCACUCCACUGGCAGCGUUUUCACAGUGCUCAGCCAACAAGGAGCUGGUGUCUCCAGCUGAGGCCCCCAUCAUCCUCAGUUCUCCCCGGACAUCCAAAACAGACAGCUACGACCUAGUGUGGAGACCCCGGCCUGACAGCAGGGCCCCGAUCCUCUACUAUGUGGUGAAGCAUCGCAAGGUGGCCAACGCCUCAGACAGCUGGGCAGUGAGAGAUGUGCCAGCCUCGCAGCACCGCCUGACACUCACCAGGUUGGAUCCUGGAAGCCUCUACGAGGUGGAGAUGGCCGCUCACAACUGCGCUGGCGAGGGACAGACGGCCAUGGUGACCUUCCGGACUGGUAAAGGCCGGCGCCCAAAACCAGAGAUUGUUGCCAGCAAAGAACAGCAAAUCCAGAGGGAUGACCCAGGCACGAGCACUCAGAGCAGCAACCAGUCUGACAACAGCCGGCUGUCCCCUCCAGAGGCACCAGAUCGUCCAACCAUCUCCAUGGCAUCAGAGACAUCUGUGUAUGUGACCUGGAUCCCCCGUGGGAAUGGUGGAUUUCCUAUCCAGUCUUUCCGCGUGGAAUAUAAGAAACAGAAGAAGUCGGGAGACUGGGUCCUGGCCACCAGUGACAUUCCUCCCUCUCGCCUCUCUGUGGAAAUCCCAGACCUGGAAAAAGGCUUUUCCUAUAAGUUUCGUGUCCGAGCACUGAACAUCCUGGGAGAAAGUGAGCCCAGUGCAGCAUCUCGGCCAUAUGUGGUGUCUGGGCACAACAACCGAGUCUACGAGCGCCCUGUGGCUGGGCCAUACAUCACCUUUACAGAUGCCAUUAAUGAGACCACCAUCAUGCUGAAGUGGAUGUAUAUCCCAGCCAGCAACAACAACACUCCCAUCCAUGGCUUUUACAUCUACUACCGCCCCACAGACAGUGACAAUGACAGCGACUACAAGAAGGAUGUGGUAGAAGGAGAUCGAUACUGGCACUCCAUCAGCCACCUACAGCCAGAGACCUCAUAUGACAUCAAGAUGCAGUGCUUCAAUGAAGGUGGUGAAAGCGAGUUCAGCAAUGUGAUGAUCUGUGAAACUAAAGCUCGAAAAUCUCUUGGUCUGCCGGGUCGUCUUCCACCCUCAACAGUGGCCCCUCAGCAGCAUCCCCCACUUAGCGGCGGGCACAGUGGCCUGGGGACAGGAGCCAUGGUGGCCCGUUCCAGCGACCUACCAUACUUGAUCGUAGGCGUCGUCCUGGGCUCUAUUGUACUCCUCAUUGUGGCCUUCAUCCCCUUUUGUCUUUGGAGAGCCUGGUCCAAGCAGAAGCAAACCAUUGACAUGGGCUUUCCAGGAGCUGGACUGUUGGUGUCAUCCUGCCAGUACACGAUGGUGCCUCUGAGGGGCAUUUCUGCUCCUCGUGCCAAUGGACAUCCCUAUGUUAAUGGGCAGCCCUAUGCCAGUGGGGCACAUCUGAACGGCAUCUGCCCCUCAGCAGGAGUGGACUAUGUGAGCACGAAGCCCCAAGAUUACAGUCCAGAUGACAUGCAGCAGUCACACGAGGAGACCAAUGCCUUGCUGCAGGCGAGAGUGCUGCAAAAUGGGAAUGCCCACCAAGACUACCAGCCCACCAGAUUGCCCAGUUCAAGACCAGAAGACAGCUCUUUCCUGUACAGUCUCCCAGAUGACUCCACUCACCAACUUCUGCAGCCACAAGAUGACUGUCCACACCUUCAAGAGCGCUUCGUUGGCCUGCAUCAUCCAGUGAUGGGCAACAAAGUGGGAGGUUCUAGUUUGGAUCCUCGACGAGAUCCACUGUUUCACCAUGGAAGCCCGUUCUGCCUAGGCCUAGUGCCAGUGGAAGAGGUAGAAAGACUAGACUGCUGCCAGUCCAGAGGAGACCUCCAUCCCCCGGCUCCAGUGCUCACAUCUUUGAGUCAGGACCUACCGGGACAUCUGAACAGCAGCUCACCAUCGCUGAGGCCCUUGGAGACUCAUUCUCCUAUCAGUUAGGGACCAAGCUGCCUUUUGCAAAAGACUUAUUCUAAAGAGAAAAAAAAAAAAGAAUGGGUAUUUAUUUUUGUAUAACACCUCUAUUUAUAUAUUUAUGCACUUGUAUAUAGAUGUAUAUGUGCCUUUUAUAAUGCUAUGGAGACAGAAGGCAUCUUCAGCAAGGCAACAGGAGGGCCUGAGAAACAAGGCAACAGCUACCUGUGGCACUGGGCUGUUCAUCAGAGCACAAGAUUGAAACAGCAGCACAAGGGACAUUGCAAGACAUGGGUCCAAAUGAAGCUGCCACCAAGAUCGAUCAGCUUCCUGCAGUGAGGGCUUCUCCUUGCCCACAGGAAGGCAUGUCCCAGGAACACACUCCUGUGAGUGGACCGGAGUUAUGCACUCUGCCUGAUCAACUUAAACAAACUUUCACAUAGACGCCAUCUGCAGCUGCAUAUUUGUAAAGACAAACCCAUGCUUUAACAACUAAAAUAAAGGCUUAAGUGUUUUCUGUG